GUGCAGUGAUCUCUGGACGACAUUUUCUUAAUCCUGUUUCACUCUCCAAAAUAAUUAUGUACGAAUCACCUCAUUGUGCCUUAAGUGGAGAUGGAGCUCUAGAAUUUGCUCGACAAAAGGAAUUUCCAAUUUGUUCAGCCGAAGAAUUGAUCAGCGAACCGGCCAGACAGAAAGCAACAGUUAGUUUCGAGAAUUAUCUGAAGUCUGUAAUGCAUCAAAUUUGUGGACCACUGCCAGUACAAGAGACACAAGACACUGUAUCAGCUGUUGCCAUGGAUAGCGAUGGUCGUUUGGCGUGCGCGAUGUCAACUG